AUGGAGCGUCUACAAGUACCGACCUUCGCUCGCCGCGAACAUCACAUUCAUCGUCCUCUACGCCAUCGCCAUGGGGACACAUCUCGUUUUGGGCAUCAAGUGGAAGCAGUGGUUCUACAUGAGCUUCAUGAUGAUCGGAUGUCUUUUGAGAUUAUCGGGUACAUUGGAAGGAUUAUUAUGUAUAACAAUCCCUUCAACUUUGGGGGAUUCAUGGUGCAGAUUGUGUUUAUCACAAGUGGCCCUGUCUUCUACACAGCUGCUAUUUACGUAACGCUUUCCAAGACGAUUAAAUACUUUACCCCAGAAGUCUCCCGAUUCAGACCCCAACUUGUCUGGUGGAUCUUCAUCCCCGCUGAUGUCGUCUGUCUCGUCCUCCAAGCCGCAGGCGGCGCACUAUCAACAGUCAGCCAGGGCUCCAGCCAGACCGGUAUCGACAUUGCCUUGGCCGGUCUAUCCCUCCAAGUCGUCAUCCUCGUUCUCUUCUGCGCUCUUCUCGGCGACUAUCUCUGGCGAUACUUUCGUAGUGGAAAUGCCAGUGCCAUGGGGAGACGUAUGAGAAUCUUCUUCGGAUUCCUAAGCGCUGCCGUUGUUCUCAUUCUCGCGCGUUGUGCAUUCCGAUGCUAUGAGUUGAGCAAGGGGUAUCGAAACUCAGACCUCAUCACGGAUGAGGGGUUGUUCAUUGGUCUCGAGGGAGUGCUUAUUGUUAUUGCGGUGUUCUUCUUGUGCAUCAGCCACCCUGGUCCUGUGUUCAGCGAUGCGAUGACGACGGUGCCGGGUACGUCGCAGAGCGAUGCCGAUGCCGAGAAGUGA